GCUAGGACCGCAAGCUGGACCUGACUGUAAGGGAUCAUGGCUGCAGAAUCCAGCAGGGGCAUUGGGGUUGGCGUGUACCCAUCGCUGAGCUUCUUCGUAAUCCCUCCCCCGCUUGGCUACUAUGGGCUGGUCUGUAAGGUCGGGCUACGGGAAGCUGCGCAGGCGCAGUGUGGGCGGUAACAUGGCGUCCAGGGCCAAACGGAGGGCUGUGGGAAGUGGGGUUCCGCAACCGCCUGGCGCCCCGGUCCCGCGCGACGACGAAGAGGAAGAUGAAGUCGACGAUGAGGACGAAGACGAUGACGACAGUGACGAGGAAGAAGAUGAAGACGACGAGGUCGUCGACGAGGAAGUGAAUAUCGAAUUUGAAGCUUAUUCUAUAUCAGAUAACGAUUAUGACGGAAUUAAGAAAUUAUUGCAGCAGCUUUUUCUAAAGGCUCCUGUGAACACUGCAGAGCUAACAGAUGUCUUAAUUCAACAGAACCAUAUUGGGAGUGUGAUUAAGCAAACGAAUGUUUCAGAAGACAGCGAUGAUGAUGUGGAUGAAGAUGAGAUUUUUGGUUUCAUAAGCCUUUUGAAUUUAACUGAAAGAAAGGGUACUCAGUGUGCUGAACAAAUUAAAGAGUUGAUUCUAAGCUUCUGUGAGAAGAACUGUGAAAAGAGCAUGGUUGAACAGCUGGACAAGCUUUUAAAUGACACCACCAAGGCUGUGGGCCUUCUCCUAAGUGAAAGAUUCAUUAACGUCCCUCCACAGAUCGCUCUGCCCAUGUACCAGCAGCUUCAGAAAGAAGUAGUGGAGGCACACAAAACCAAUAAGCCAUGUGGGAAGUGCUGCUUUUACCUUCUGAUUAGUAAGACAUUUGUGGAAGCAGGAAAAAACAAUUCCAGAAAGAAAUGGAGCAACCAAAAGAAAGAUGAGUUAAUGUUUGCAAAUGCAGAGGAAGAAUUUUUCUAUGAGGCUUACACAGGACUUUGUGGCUGUGCUUUGACACACGCCAUUCUGUUCUCUGGAUAUCCUCUGCUCUCCCUGCCAAGCUUCGUCAGCAGCUCUGCAGCUUCCCCUCAGCUCCCCAGCCUAUUCUGCACCAGUAUCUGGAGCUCUGCAGCCUCUCUGCAUGUGCAUGGUGAAUGUGCCAGGAUACAGAGGGUGCACAGCACAGCUCUGACUCAGUGGGUAUGUAGUGGUGGCUGUUCCUUGUCUUCCUCUGACGACCCAUCUAUGGGUCUGUGUCCCCCGUCACUGUAUCCCAAGCAAGCUUGCUCUGAAGGCUGACUGAGUGCAGUGCUGGAGCUCUGGAAGUACAGAGCUCCAUGGGAGCAGGAAGGAGCGUCUUCCACUUUGCAGAUGUCUAUCAGUGUGUUUAGGGCCUCAAGUGCCAUUGCAUUCAAGUGGCAAUGGGGCUAGAGAAGAAGAGUGUUUGAUGAAUUACUAAUAAGGACUCAGACUUCUCUGGGGAAAGGAAGGUGGAAUUAGAAGGUAAUUUCUGAGCAUUCACUUACACUCACUGGUAGAAUUCAGAGUUGUGUCCUGGUAGGCCUUGUAAAUGUUGAUGAGGGUAAAGUGAUCUCCUUCAGGGUGUAAAAAUGACUUCCAACAAGUCAAGGCAGACUCUUCAGCUCCAUGUGGCACAUGUGAAAAGCAAUUUGGAGCUUUAAAAUGCAAAAGGUCACAGUUAGCAAUAAUGAAGACAUUUCAUCUUACCGUAACAUGGGGUCAUAAUGUUGGUGGAACCGCUCCUGUCUUGGUUCUCUGAAUAAAUGUGUUAUUCUUGUUUUCUUAGAAAUCGUGAAAUUUAAAGUGAGUCGUCCUAAUUCUUUCUCUUCUUGUGUGUGUGUGUGUUUGCUUUUCUAAGGUCAACUGAAUAUGGUUAAUACCCUGCUUAUAUUCCAUCAGGAGCAGGGAAAACCUGAGGUACUCAGAGGUCCAGGCACAAGAACCAGCUCUGAUACAGCACAAUGGUUGGUCUGUUCUGCCAGUAUUAGAAUAAAUUAAAACAUACGAGCCGGGAUGAAUGAAGUCAAUAGGAAAUAAAAAACAAGCACACAUCAUUGUUUGGGGGAAAACACCUCUAGUGAUACAUUUUCUUCAUCUGCACUGAUGCCUUCAGCAAAGAAACCUAGUAUGUUUUCAUCUAUCUGAUGUAUAAAUUUGCUGCACUUUGAGUUAGUUUUCUUAUAUUAGAUAAUUUUUCAUAUUAAAAUUUUCCUUUUCUAACCUAUUAAGUCCCUCACUAUCAUUUCAAAAGGUUCAAUGACUUGAUCACCAUCUCUGAUAUGUGCUCCUUAAAAUAUUAUUUCAAAUGGAUCCCAUUUAAAUCUAUACCUGGUGCAGAUUUGCAAAAAAAGAAAAGAAAUAUUCAUUAAGGAGUACCUGUUACCAUGGCAGCGACUGUUAGCACUUCAUCUACACAGUCAAAUUCACAGGACGCUAAGAUAGACUUUGAGAGUUGUGGAUCAAGAGGAAACUCUGACAUUAUGAUUCCAAAUUCAGAAAGAUUUCCAUCAUUAUCUAGUGCUGCCAGAUAAUCUAAGUCUUCCAAUGCCUGCAUCAAACUUUCUGGUGCUAGGAAAGGAAAAAAUAAUAAUUUAAGAGUCGCACAUCCAAGAUGGAAAAGCAGGUACUGGAUUUUCCCUCCUGCAUGAAACAAGCAAACAGUGGACAAAAUGUGUGAAACAACAGUUUGCAAGACACCAAAUACCAGGCAGUGAAGGACAGUGAUUCCUGAGAGAGCAAACUCAGGAGGGGAGCCCUGUGAUUGUCCAGCUCAUGCUUCGAGGAGGGUCCUGGCUGCAGUGUGCGUGUUGGGGGGAACCCAGGUGGAGCCUGCCAGCUUCCCUGCAGUAGGAAAACAAUGCCAGGGAUCCAGGGAGACUGAGGUGGCUGGAACUGACAGGUGACCAUACUGGAGAGAGACACACAGAGAAAUCAGGGACCAGAGGGAGUUCCCUCAACUAGGCAGCAGAGCACCCACCAAUCAGCUCAUGUGUGUAAGGAACCACCCGAGGCCAGUACUGUGGUGCUGACACAGUACUUAGGGUAGGGCCUGUUCCUACCAGCCAAGCUGGAAAACCUCAGGGCACUAGGUAGGAAACACAAAUGAGAAACCCCAGAUGGGCACGGCCACCUAACACAUCUAUACAGCAGGACCCGAAAGGAUCCACUGCAUCCCAGGACAAAGCUCAAAAAUAUUCCUGGGACUAAAAUAUUCAGUGCCCAACAAGGUAAAAUGUACGACGUCUAGCAUCCCGUAAAAAAGUAUGAGGCAUGAAAAGCAGGAAAAUACAUUGCGUAAUACAGAGAAAAAUGAAUUACAACUGACCUGGAACUCAGAUGCUAGAAACAAUAGAUAAAGAUGUUAUUUCCCAGUGCAAAUAAA